CCUCUUAUUAUUUUUCCGCCUUUCCGAGCAUUAUCCCGUCGGCUUAUGAUUCCUAUGCUCUGCUUCAAUAUUCCGAUGACAAUGGUGAGAGUAAGGAUUGCUUACAGGGAAGCAAGAUGAACGGACGUUCAUGAUUUGGAUCAUUUCUUAUAUUGUGAUAGCAUUUGAGUGUUAUGCGAUGUUUCAUUAGAAUCAGGAGAUCAAUGAAGAUAAUGUUUGGAUGGUGUUUUCAAAAAAUUGAAAAUGUUUAGAUGAAUGUUAUCAGCAUCACUUUUUAAUUUGUAAAAUACUUUAAAAAAGAAAAAAAAAAGAUACGAGGUAAUGUAAUAUUUAAAUGAACUGCCAAUGUCACUGUUUUUUGUAGGUUAUUUUGGUACAUGCAGCAUGUCCAACAGCCAUUAUUGCCUCCAGCGGCCACAAUUCAUAACAUAAGCUGAUAUUAAUAAUUUCUUUCCGAAACAUAAUCAUAAGAUGAUAUGCUUGGGUGGAAAUUGCUGAAACCAAGAUUUAUGUGCUUAAUUGAUUAUUCACUUGGCUCCCAAACAGGCACGAAAUUCAUUAUUGCCUCCAGCCACCAUUCAUAAUCAUGAGCUGAUAUUAAUAAACUCUUUCCAAAACAUAAUCGUAAGAUGAUAUGGUUGGGUGGAAAUUGCUGAAACCAAGAUUUACGUACGUAAUUGAUUAUUCACGUGGCUCCCAAGCAGGCACGAAAUAUAAAGUCUUAAAUACGCUAUGCGGCCAUGGUCCCCUCCCAUCCUUUCGGUUCAUGAUUGGUGAGAGUUAGAGGGAAGCUUCUUGUUUGGUAUUUUGGUGUUUCUUUGUGUUGCUUGCUUGUUGAGGAGUCAAACAAGGAAGGAAGCUCUAUAACAAUAUUUAAAAUAGCUAUAAUGUGCUUGACAAACAAAUAUGGAUGUGCCAUAGGUUUUUACUGCAUACUGAGAUCAGCUACAUCUUCUGAUGUAAGCCAUACCAGCUACAUUUUCUAAAGUAAUUCUUUCUCGCUCAGAAAACUUUGAGGAAGUCUAGGUAUCAUGUGUUCUCCCUCCUAAUUGUUGUAAGAUACACGCAAGCUAAUAACUUGGCUUUUGAAGGUUAUUUUGAGUAUCUAUAAAUAUGAAAUGAUUGGCCUGAAUGGAAAAUAAUUAGUAAUUUGUUCACUGCAACAGUGCAAUUACUACCAUUGACAUGAUUCUUCAUUCCUGUACCACUUUAAAGGAUUAUUGAUUUUAUCUCGUGCUUCAUUUGUGCAAUGUCUCUAAAAGAGGGAACCUUUUUGUUUUUUAUUUUUUUUUCUUAAUUGGCAUAUUCUUCAGGUUACCAAUGAAUAUCCACUUGAAAAGAUUUUGAAUGAGGCUGCUAUGGAAGACAAAACUGUCAUCUUGACCACUUUAAACGAAGCAUGGGCAGCACAAAAUUCAGUAAUUGAUCUUUUCCUUGAGAGCUUUAGAAUUGGUGAUCACACCCGUUGGCUUUUGAACCAUUUAGUGAUUAUUGCAUUGGAUCACAAGGCAUUUGUACGCUGUCAGGCUAUACAUACGUAUUGCUACUCUCUUGUUAGUGAAGGAGCUGAUUUUCAUGAAGAAGCAUACUUUAUGACUCCUCGCUACUUAGACAUGAUGUGGAGAAGAAUUGAUUUCCUACGUUCUGUUCUUGAGAUGGGAUACAGUUUUGUGUUCACUGAUGCUGAUAUCAUGUGGCUCAGAGACCCAUUUCCACGUUUCCAUCUAGAUGCAGAUUUUCAGAUUGCGUGUGAUCAUUACACAGGUAGCUCUGAUGAUGUAAAUAACAGACCCAAUGGAGGGUUCAACUUUGUAAAAUCCAAUAAUAGGUCAAUAGAGUUUUAUAAAUUCUGGUACUCUUCACGGGAAACCUAUCCUGGAUACCAUGAUCAGGAUGUCCUAAAUUUUAUCAAGGUUCAUCCUUUCAUCACUGAUCUAGGACUGAAGAUUAGAUUCUUGGAUACAAGCAAUUUUGGUGGACUUUGUGAACCGAGCAAAGAUUUAAAUGAAGUUUGUACAAUGCAUGCCAAUUGCUGCUUUGGUAUGGUUAGCAAGCUUCAUGAUCUUCGAAUUAUGCUUCAGGAUUGGAAACAUUAUUUGUCCCUGCCUCCAAGUUUGAAGAGGUUGUCAGUUAUCUCGUGGAGGGUUCCACACAAGUGCAGCCUUGAUUCUUUCCAUUAUCAUGGGUUUCCAGAAGAAAAUGUUCAAGAAGAGUAGAAGAUUAGAUUCUUUAUCUCACCUGUCUCAUACAUCAAUGUGGAUAUUGAAACACUCAAGUACGGAAAGGUACAUGUUUGACCAGCAAUCCUUCUGUCCGCAUGUUGACUAGCUGCUGAAGAUAGGUUUGUCAGAUAUAGUUUCAAAGGAAAGUAAGUUUUGUUUAUACCUGUCUAAGGAAUUGCCAUUCCAGGCAAAGUCGAGUUAGGCAUUAUAAUAUAAUAUGUUUAUUAAAGAAGAGCUAGUGUUAACCUGGCAAAUUUUUUUGUGCUUUGCACAAGUUUGUCCAGUCAGUAAGGUAUCGUCUUGUUUAUUUGUGCUCAAAUCCCUCAACCCUGCAUCUCAUUUUCCCUCUAUUAUGAAGAGUAGAAGAAAUAAAAACCCAAGGUAGUUUCUUUGUUGUCAUAAAUUGGUGAUAAUUAGUUAGGAGGGGACAACCGGAAAAAAAGUUUUGGCUAGUUUGUUGAAUCUAUUCUUUUAAACCUUUCCCUUUAUUUCCAGAGCUUUGUAACUGUCGAAACUGUACUAACUUAGCUGUUGAUGACUCAAAAGCGGUCAAUGCUUUUCCGCCCGCUCACAACCAUGGCAAACUGAAAUGCAAGUAGUUAGGAAAAUCAUUUGGUUGGAA